UGAAAACGCAUAGAAUAAUAAGCAACACCAAUAACAUAUAAACACAAACAAGUUAACGUUUUUUGGAUACCCUUUUGUUUUUGGCGUAAAAAAGGGUCUCGCUUUUCUCAGAAGCCACUGAGAAAACAAAAAAAGAAAAGGGGGAAAAAUCUUUGCACUUUUGGUUACCGAAGCUUGAAUUCAGAAGCUGGAUUCAACCCCAAUUCCUCACACAGCCAUGGAAGAAUCAGGAGAAUUGCAAUCAGAUGAAAAUAAAGCUUCUACAGAGAAAAAAAAUAAAAGAAGACUCAAGACACCUUCCCAGGUUAUGGCCUUGGAGAAAUUUUAUAACGAGCACAAAUAUCCCACGGAGGAAAUGAAACAAGAUCUUGCUGAGGAGCUAGGGUUGACGGAGAAGCAAAUUUCUGGAUGGUUUUGCCACAGAAGGUUAAAAGAUAAACGGUUGUUGAAAGAUGAAGCGAUUGGUAAUGGACGACAAGAUCGUUCAAGUGGUGUCAUCCAGGACCGUGGUAGUGGACGGCAAGAUUCAUGCGGAAGCAGCAAACAUGGUGAUUACCGUUAUGUGGAUCCGAAAGAGGUAGAAAGUCAUGGCCUGUACAAUCGUGAUUUGUCAGUUCCGGAUAUGACCUACGGACAUAGGAACCAGUAUGCAGAAAACGCAAGCGAAAUGGAUGAUACAUCAUCUGAUAGUGGCUCAUUUUUGCAAGAUCGCAUGUUUCCUCAAGGCCAGGAUCCAUACGAUGUGGAUCCUUCAAGGUAUCCGACUCACAAUGGAGCUCUUCCUCCCCUUAAUCCCAAGGGUGGAAACAUAGGAUAUAAACCAUCAGGAUAUUUGAAAGUCAAGGGCGAGAUAGAACAUGCUGCUAUAACUGCCGUAAAGAAGCAAUUAGGGAGGCAUUAUCAAGAAGAUGGUCCACUCCUUGGUAUAGAAUUUGAUCAGCUUCCCCCAGGGGCAUUUGAAGGCCAAACUGCAGAUCCAGUUCAUGAACCGUACACCAUUGCAAAUCCUGCACUUCUUACUUCCCCAGAAGUCUCCACUGGAAAAAGGCAAUCCAACAUUAGCACAAAAUAUGUUUCUUAUGCUAAAUUUAGUUCCAAAGAUUCACAUGAAGGGGUUGAAUUUGGCUCGUUGCAUGACUCUGAUUUACCGGAUAAGCAGGAUAAGAAGGCCCGCCAGAGUAUUAAACAGAGGCAACCCAUUUAUGGUUACGCCAACCAUCUUCCUGGCCGGAACUCCUCGGAUUUGUAUGAUGACUCUAACGGAGAAGCAUCUGCUUAUACUAAAGUUCGUAGUAUCGUCUCGAAGCAUGGUAUUGAGGGGAUGAGAUCUGAUUCUGCUUCUAACCAUAGUGAUCACUAUGAAGAGAACCCCAUGGUUAAGCAGACAGAUUUGAUGCAAGGCUAUGAUAACAUCAAUCCAAAAAAUGUGAAAAGAAGUGAACAUGUUAAGCCCAAGCCCGCAAAUUCAAUCCGUCAUCCUCGAAUGCCUGUGGAUGCUGAAGAAAGGGGGCUACAACCUAUGAGGGUGGCAAAGGAAGAGUUGCAUAAGGGGGAGAGGAAAGUGAAAAAGUAUCACGAUUCUUAUGGAGCAAGGAUGCUUCCAAAUGAAAUCACGGCUGCGAAACGAGCAAAAGUUGAUCUGCAUAAACAAUUCAAUCCAAAACAAGCACCUAUUGCUGAGAUAGAACAAAGGAAAAACCCGAGAUCUGCUGCAGAGAUGCCGAUGCCAUUUAGCUUUAGCGAGGAUGAAUCCCUCGGCCUCGAUUCGAGUUCCUCGCUGGAUUAAGUGUUGUCCAGACAAUGUGGUAUUUCCUUUAGGCCUUUGAGUAUGUACAGUUCCAAACAUGUUCCUAGUAACAUGGUAUCCACUUUUUUGAGCAGCAAGAAUUGCCUCAAAUGAUUGAAUGACACUCCAUUGCUGUUUGUUGUGCUCCUCCCCUUAGUUUGCCUUUGUAAAAAAGAAAAGCCUUAUUCCAUUCCCCACUUUGGAAUUUUUCAUUUUUAUCCUUUUUUUGGUGAUGUAAUAUCUCAUUUUCUGAUGCUGCUUGUGUUAGGUAGGAACAAGUAUCCAAAAAUGCAGCUUUUUAUACAUGUCAUUUUGUUCUUACUUGGUUUAAAUGUGGCAGUUGUUUUGCUUCUUAA